AUGGAGAAAAGUAUUUGGCAUAAUCUUGGAAAAGAUUGGCACACCGACGUUUCCAGCCUUAUUCCAAUACUAGAGGCUGCGAAGAAAGGUCAGGCUAUCGGUAUUGGUUUAGCAAAUCUGGGAUGUAGAUUUAACAGGAUGAGUCCAUUGGUGGCGACUAAGCUGUGGGCACGGAUUGCUCUGCCGAAAAUGUUGUAUGGUGCUGAGUUGUGGACACUUAAUCGAGAAAAACUAUCAAAAUUGGAAAAGGUACAGAAUAUAUUUUUAAGAGUAUGUCUGGGUUUACUUAGUGGUACCUCGGGUUCAGCUGCACAUGGACUUAGCAGCAGAAAUAGACAAACGAAAGGACUGAGCAGAAAUAGACAAACGGAAGCUUCUGUUUCUCAGACGACUAAUAUGUGCAAGUGA